CACAACCUAUAUGCAAAGCAGGGCAGGUUCUUUCAACGCAACAACACAACAUUGCUACUCUCUUUAAAUGGAUUGGCUUAGACGCAGCCUUUCUAGGAGUUCCGGGAAUAGCAAAACCCCAGAUACCCAAACACAGAGCAACUCCAAAGUACAGCAAGAAGAAGACAACAUAUACGGGAUUACCGUGGAACUCAUCAACCACGUUAAGUGCUUCACCCUUGACACCUUUAAGAAUUUCCCUCUCCAAGAUGAAGAUGAAGUCACUAAUGGGGAACAAACUCAAUCCUCUUCAACCAAAGAACGAAAGGAUCUCUCUCAGUGGCAAGAGAGACAUGCAAUCCUCAUACUCUCAAGAGUCAAGGAAAUAUCUCAACUGAGAUAUGUACUGUGUCCUCGCCAUUUGAAGGAAAAUCAAUUCUGGAAAAUUUACUUUAAGCUUGCUAGGAGCCAUGUUCUCGAAUAUGAGCUUCGCGACAUACAGCGGGAGAAACUGAAGCGGAUGGCAAUGGAAGAUGAGAAAUCUUCAGAUAACAACCCCUAUGAAGUUGAAAUGGCAGAAGCAAAGCAUGGCAACUUUACUGAGCCUCUACCACCCUCAGAAUGAAAGCACCAACAUUGGUUGGUGGCACGAAUAGAAUAGGUAUUAAACUGUUGAUUUCUUUAACAUUGAAGGGACUAUAGCGUUGCAAAUCUGAAAACGCUCUCCUUCAGUUGAUAUCAUCAUAUUGUUCGGAAGCUAGUCUCAAGUAUUUGCUGUCAAUCUGUACUAGUUGACAUUGUUCCUUGAUUCUUUCCAUGUUGUUUCUUGGUUAUAGAGGCAAGCUAUUCAACUUAAAAUCAUGAAUCCAAAAAAUUUACAAAUGAAUCA